CGUCAGCGGGUAGAAAAUAAUAUUAAUUAAAUAUAUUAAGUGCCUCGAUUAAUACAAAUCGCAUGGAUGACAGGCCAAGCAAUUAGAUUGAAAACCGAAAAACGUGAGUGCCAUCAAAAGCAGCGGAGCGAACGAGUCCAAAAAGGACUGGAAGCGUCGUCCUGCGCGGGGCAAGCAUGUGAGAGGAUGUGCAAAAAAUCAAUUUAAGAUGUAAGAUAAAACCAAAGGGGAAAUAAAUCAACCAAAGAAGAAAGUACCCCAAAAGUGGAUUAACAAGAGAUCCACCACUACCCCCGAACCGAAUCCCAAAACUAAAGCCAAAUGACUGCCAAUAGUCUGCUAGGACGAUCCAUACUAAAUGAAGGACGUUCAAAUAAACGAUCUUUUGUCUCGCUGAUUGUGGGCCUCAUCGUGGGCUUCUGUCUGGCCGAGCUUUUCGUGUACUCCACGCCGGAACGUGGCGAGUUUAUGCCCUACGAUGGUCACCGGCAUGGCGAUGUCAACGAUGCCCAUCACAGUCAUGAUAUGAUGGAGCUGCAGGGACCGGAGCAGGAUGUGGGCACCCAUGAACAUGCUCAUGAGAAUGCCACCAUUGCGGAGAAGCUGUACAGCGAGGUGCGGGUACUGUGCUGGAUCAUGACCAAUCCGACGAACCACCAGAAGAAGGCGCGGCACGUGAAGCGCACGUGGGGGAAACGCUGCAAUAAGCUGAUCUUUAUGAGCUCCGCCAAGGAUGAGGAGCUGGAGGCUGUCGCUCUGCCCAUAGGCGAGGGCCGGAACAACUUGUGGGGCAAGACAAAGGAGGCGUACAAGUACAUCUAUGAGCACCACAUCAACGACGCCGACUGGUUCCUGAAGGCCGACGACGACACCUACACGAUAGUCGAGAAUAUGCGCUAUAUGCUGUAUCCGUACAACCCCGAGACCCCUGUCUAUUUUGGCUGCAAGUUCAAGCCGUAUGUAAAGCAGGGGUACAUGUCCGGUGGCGCCGGCUAUGUCCUCAGUCGCGAGGCAGUGCGUCGCUUCGUCGAGAAGGCCCUACCCGAUCCCAAAUUGUGCAAGCAAGAUAACACCGGUGCUGAGGAUGUAGAAAUAGGCAAGUGUCUGGAGAAUGUCAAGGUGCUGGCAGGAGACUCCCGCGAUGCCAAUGGACGGGGACGGUUCUUUCCUUUUGUUCCCGAGCACCAUUUGAUACCAGCGCACACAGAGAAGAAAUUUUGGUACUGGCAGUACAUCUACUACAAAACCGACGAGGGCUUGGAUUGCUGCUCGGACAAUGCCAUAUCCUUUCACUACGUCUCGCCAAAUCAAAUGUAUGUCCUGGACUAUCUGAUUUACCAUUUGCGGCCCUAUGGAAUCAUCAAUGCACCCGAAGCUCUGCCCGCAAAGCUGGGUGUGGGAGAGGUUAUGCCAGCUCCAAAAGAGCCAGUGACUGAAACGUCCAGCGAGAAGGUGUCAAAACGAUCCGCGGAAACUGAGACCAAGACACAGUAAAUGAUGAGAGGAUAGGAUGGCCCGCCCCCUGGAUGUAGAUAUAUAUCUGUUGUAUAUAACUCUAAGCUAUGCUAGCAUUGCCAUUACCAUAUCCAUUUCCAUUUAGUCUACAAGUAGAUUUGCCCUUCGCCUUAGUUAAAUUUUCCCUUGCGUUUCCAAUUGUACAAAAUACCAAAAUUAUAUAUAAUUAGCUAUUAUUUAGAGUCUGUUACUUUAGUUUCUAACUAAGUGUACUUUAUAUAUUAUAUAUAUAUUUGCGGAGCUAUUCUUCUUCACUUAGUUAUAAUUCGAUAUGAUAUCGCGGUUUGUGCCUAAAUAAUAUUGCGAUAUUACGGUAUUUCUCUUUGUUGUUUUGAAGAUAAGGCCAAAAAACGACUAUUUAGUUAUAUAUUUCGAUAUAUUACAAUAUCUUUCUUGUGAUUGAGAGGCAUUACGUAUUACCAUUUACAGUCUACUACUAGUUAUAAAUAAUAUUUAAUAAAACGAUAUUGUAUUAACAGAA